CUAGAAUCACUCUAAACCAGAGACAGACAGAGAGAGAGAGAGAGAGAGAGAUCUAGCUGGUUAGAAGGUGGUGGUUGGGAAAUUGUAGUUGUUACUUGCUAGCUUGCGAGGAAGGGACGACAUUAUGGAAGUCGUGCAGCAGCUGAGGACGGGGGUGGAGAAGAGAAAAGAAGUGCUGCAUCAUUUCAAGGAGGAGGUUGAGGAGGCAGUUGAAGAGGCUUUAUUGCAACGUCGUCGCUCCGCCAACAUCCCAACUGCAGCUGCCAACAGUGGAGGUAACGCUACUGUCUUCCCCGCCGCCGAGGAGGUAGCUGCUGUAGAUUUGUUGGAUACUACUCCCAAGAUGGAGGUUGUAAGUGGUAGUGUGGAAGGCGACCAGAAGGUGGAAAAGACGUCUGAAGAGAUUGUUUACUUCGACAAAAAUGAAGGUAGUGGACUGGAAUGGUCUCAUUCUAAUGUCAAAGUGGAGGAGUCGGGUAGUGCCAAACUGAAGCACGUACAAAUCGACCCAGUUCUGCCGGUGAUAAGCGGUAAGGCGGUCAGGCAGCAGCCCUCCACAAGCCCACAGCUGCAGGAAGAAACCCAUGAACGUGCAGAGGUGGAUGAUGUACUAGAGUUCGAAAGUGGCGAGGAAGAAAUAGAAGUGGAGUUUGAGAGGGCAGUAGAGAAGAUACACAGUCAUGAUGACUAUAACAUGUACUGUCCUCAUUGCAGCAGUCGCAUUACUAAGGUGGUUCUGCGUAGGAAAAUGAGGCCAAGGAUGGUUCCAAUUCCAAGUCCAACACCAACGCAGCGUCAUGACCUGUUUGGAUGCUUGUCAUGCUUCAAGAUAUUUAUUUGUUCGGGGAAUAGACUGAAAUCACUGAAUCCAUUUCGAUGUUUUGGAGCUGGCAAAGGGCCUGACAGCACACCACCUCUCCAACCAGGGCAACAAUCACCAGGUGCAAGCAUGCCCACAUCUGGCACAACACAGGACAAAGAUGUUAUCAAGGAACCAAAAAAAAGCGAUAGCAAAGGAGAUUAUGUGACAAUUUCACUUGGAAACACACAGCCUGGUGAAGGAAAAGCGGAGACCAUCGCCCCAUCACAAAGUUCCAGGUCAUUGGAGAUUGUCAGAAGUAUUGUAUAUGGAGGUUUGAUGGAGUCAAUUGCAAGCCUAAGUGUUGUUUCAUCAGCAGCAGCUUCUGACGCUACCACAUUGAACAUUGUGGCACUUGGAUUGGCAAACCUCGUUGGUGGACUUGUCGUCCUUGCACAUAAUCUUUGGGACUUGAGAUACGGAGACUCUAGUGAAACCAAUGAAAGCAGAUACGAGGAACAACUUGGUCGGAAAGAGCAUUUCUCUCUUCAUGCAAUGCUAGCUGUGCUAUCGUACCUUGUAUUUGGCCUAAUCCCACCUGUAAUAUACGGCUUCACAUUCCGUGAGAGUGAUGACAGGGAUUACAAGAUUUUGGCAGUUGCAGCAGCUUCUCUUUUGUGCAUUGUUAUUCUUGCAAUGGCAAAGGCAUACACACGCGGGGAACACAAGGUCAUGGCAUACUUCAAAACCAUACUGUACUACGUUAUUUCAGCAGUAAUGGCCUCAGGCAUUGCCUAUGCUGUUGGGGACUUAGUCAACAAGCUCCUAGAGAGACUAGGUUGGUUGAACCCUGCUACAGUUGAGCCUCAGUUGUUUUCACAAGCCAAGUCAUUCAAUCCAACCAGCACGGCUUCGUACUGAUAUCACAUUGUAAUAACUUCAGCUGGAGUCUUUUAAUUAAGUGUGUUUGUUCUCUUUACCGUGGUUGGGGUCGGUUAGGGUUUGAAGAGAGACUUGUGUUGUUUCUUGGUACUUUUAUCUUCUUUAGUCAAGUUUGGGACCUUGGAUUUAAGUUCUUUCCUUUGCUCAGGUCUAAGAGUAUCUAGAUUGAGUUUAUGUAUAUGAUGUCUGGUUUAAUGA